GUGUUUGUAUUCCCCUGAUCCCUAUUCCAAUUUCAUGGUUAUCACGAUUAUCACGGUCAGUUGAAGAGAUAAAAGAAGGAAAAUUACAGCAAGCGGCGCACGCAUACGAGUCUACGACGCAGAGCAAGCGAGAGAGAUUGCGCGAAGAUGAAGAAAGAGGACACGGUGAAGCUGAUCAGCGCCGAGGGUUUCGAAUUCGUGAUCGAUAAGGAAGCCGCCAUGGUUUCUCAGACCAUCUACAAUAUGCUUACCUCUCCAGGGAGCUUUGCUGAAACGCAGCAUGGGGAAGUGACUUUCCCUGAGAUCAGCACAACGAUAUUAGAGAAGAUCUGCAAGUAUUUCUACUGGCAUCUUCAAUUCGCCAGUGGGAAGGAGACUGAGUUUCCCAUUGAACCUGAGUUGACUCUGGAGCUGAUGAUGGCUGCCAAUUACCUUCAUACUUGAAUUAUCACCUCUUUUGCCUCAUGGGUGGCAAGUCCUGUUCAACAUCUGAUUAUCUACUAAGGAUGCUUCAGGUGCCAUUGUUGCUCAAGAAGUUUCAAAAACUAUACGAAGGUAGUGGUGAUCGCAUGUAGUGGAACUUACUUUGCAUUGAAAUGUAGUAUAUAAUAUUUAGGCUGUGUGUGAUUUUUAGACUAAAAACAGUGUUAGAAUGAUUCGAACUUCAAUGUCGAAGAUUUAACAACAAAUUUGUUGUUGGGAUGAUGUAACUCUUCAAAAGGUCUUCCUUAUUUAGUUUCACCAGAAGUUAAUGUUUCAGAAUCACCAAAGUUUCUUA